AUGGUGAUCGAAGUAAUCAGUAAGGAAACAGUUACACCAUCAUCUUCUUCUCUUCACCACCUUAGAACUUCCAACCUCUCUGUUUUUGAUCAUCUUGUACCAGACUUUUAUAUCCCCAUACUUUUCUUCUAUCCCAACAAUAGUAUUACUGAUCAUAAGAUCAAUAUAGUUGAUCAUCACCACUCUAUGAUUAUCGAAAGAUCUAAGCUUCUGAAAACUUCAUUAUCUAAAACCCUCAGCCGCUUUUAUCCCUUUGCAGGAAGAAUAUUUAGUCACAACAACAUUCUUUCAAUCUGUUGCAAUGACAAUGGGGCUGCAUUUAUUGAAACUCGUGUCAAUUGUCCCAUAUCAAAGGUUAUGGAAAAGCACAAUUCUGGGAUACUAAGUCAAUUACUUCCCAAUGACCCACAAUCAACAUUUGAAAGCACAGGUUAUCUCCUAUUAGUCCAAGCCAACUUCUUUGAAUGUGGUGGACUUGCAAUUGGGAUUACCAUUUCACACAAGAUCGCGGACGGGUUUACACUCGGAACAUUCAUCCGUAGCUGGGCAGCAAUGUGCCUUAGCUCUAAUGGAAUGGCUCUUCCAGCUACAGAAUUUUGUGUUCCAGCAUCUCUUUACCCACAACAAGAUUUAUUCAUCAACUCAUUGUCAACUUCCAGGGAACAUGUUAAUAGUGAAGCUUGUGUCAAUAAGAGAUUUGUGUUUGAUGCCUCAAAUAUUGUACGUCUCAAGUCUAAAGCCACCAGUGCCACCGUUCCAAAUCCAACUCGUGUUGAAGUAGUGACAACACUUCUUUGGAAAUGUGCAAUGGAAGCAUCAAGAUCAAACUUGAGUUUUACAAGGCCAGCUAUGCUGUUUCUAGCAGCAAACAUGCGGAAAGUAUUGAAGCAUCCCACUUUAAUGGGAAAUCUUGUAGGAUGUGUCUUUGCAGCAAAGACACAAGAAGGUGAUGCAACUCUUCAAAGCUUAGUUGCUAUACUCAGGAAAAGCAUUGAGGAAUUUAAAGUGAAAUAUGGUGAAGGAGUUAGCAGGGAUGCUAUUUGCCAACAUUUUAAAGAGCAUGGAGAUUUAAUGGAUAAUAAUGAUAUAAAUAACUAUUUCUGUAGCAGUUGGUGUAAGUUUGGCUUUUAUGAAGCCAAUUUUGGAUGGGGAAAGCCAUCUUGGGUCACUUUUCCAGGUAUGAAAAUCAAGAAUACAAUUGUGUUGAUUGAUACAAAAGACGGUGAAGGCAUGGAAGCGUUCUUGAGUUUAAAAGAAGAGGACAUGGCUGUAAUUGAAACCAAUAAGGAGCUGCUUGCAUAUGCUUCUCUCAAUCCCACUGUUAUUUGA